ACCAGCUUUAAGGUGACUAACAAUGGGCACAGUUAAAGUUUUCAUAGAAAAGGUCGGGCAGGCGCCUCCGCCGAGCAAAGAUUUUCAUCAACUCGUCGUGAAUGAAGAAGAAGUAAUAUGGCGAACAUGGAGAAUUGCUAUCCGGAGAGAUCAAAGAGGGUUACCGCCAAACCAAAAGAAAGUUCCUUGGGAAGAUUUUGACGACGAUGCACUUCUACAAGGCGAUAUAAGCCGUGUAUUUGGUGAGGAAACACUUCGGCACGUUCAUGCUAUAGUCUGCGGAGACUGGCUGAUUCGCUUACCGCCUCGCGUAAUUGUUAAUAUUGCUUCGUAUCUUGACCUCAUCGACAUAGUUCAUUUAGGAGCUGUUUGCAAGUUUACAAGAAAGAUAUGUGCAAGCGACCAGCUCUGGGAAAAGAUCUAUCUGGCUUACUGCGACAGUGUGACAGAUGAAGUCAAAACCUUGGCCAAGCAACAUGGUUGGCGGAAAGUUUUCUUCACAAACAAGCUAGAGCUUCGCGUAAAAUUACGACGAAUACAGCGGAUCAAAUGAACAGUAAACUGACCUAAAACAAUGGCGAUGUCUCAGUAUACUCGAGAAGAGGCCUUUCAAAGGUCUACAGGAGGUCUCGCCAAUCGUUUCAAAUUUAUUUUUGAAAUCAAAUAUUCUACUAACAGUACAUUUCACUUGAAUAAGAGAAUUUUAAAAUUUUCCGAUGUAGAGAUUUCCUCAAGCUGGAUUGUGAUUACUGACACAAAAAUGGCACUAGGUUGUUUACCUUUCAAGAAUAUUUUGGAUGUGUAAUCUCUUUAAAUGACAGAUGUUGGAUUAAUUUCAGAUAAGGCUCAGAACCUUAUUUUACUAAUUGCAAACCGAUAUUAUAUUUUUCGAAACUGACUGUUAUCUGUGUUGACCUUUCGAAAACCGUAGAAAUUUAAGACUCAAAGAACU